UAUAGAUUUGAUGAAGAACGAAGAAGUACAUGCAAUCAUAGGACCUCAAAGGUCAUCACAAGCUAAGUUUGUCGUCGAUAUUGCUGAAAAGGCGAAAGUUCCCAUCCUUUCCUUCUCAGCCACCAGUCCUUCUCUUCCCCCAAACCGAAGUCCAUUUUUCAUUCGGACAGCCCAAAAUGAUUCAGCUCAGGUGAAAGCCAUAACGGCCUUAAUUCAGGCUUAUGGCUGGCAAGAAGUGAUACCCAUCUACGAAGACACGGAUUAUGGCAACGGCUUAAUCCCAUACGUGACAGAAUCAUUCCAUGAAGUUGACGUCCGUGUGCCUUACAGAAGUGUCAUUUCCCCAUCCUCAAAAGAUAUCGAUAUCUUGGAGGAGCUUAAAAAAUUAAAGGAAAUGCAAACGAGAAUAUUCCUCGUGCACAUGACUGCUUCUCUUGGAUCAAAGUUUUUUGUUAGUGUAAAGAAUGCAGGAAUGAUGAGUGAAGGGUAUGCAUGGAUAAUCACAGAAGGGCUAUCGGGUCUGUUUGAUCCUCUGGAUUUACAAAUCAUGGACUCCAUGCAAGGCGUUUUGGGAGUCAGGUCGUACGUAUCCAUGUCAAAAGAUCUUGAAGAUUUUGAAAGAAGAUGGACAAGCAAUUUCACCUCGGGAAAACCAACUUAUAAGAGUAUUCCUGGAUUAAACCUGUUCGGAUUACGGGCAUAUGAUACUGUUUGGGCAUUGGCAAUGGCGGUGGAGAAGGCUGGCAUAGAGCGUUCUAGUUUCUUGAAGCAAAAUAAUGGUAGCAAAUGUAAAGUUGAUCUUGCAGCUCUUGGAAUAUCUGAAAUGGGUCCAAGACUUCUGAACGCAAUUCUAACCACUAGAUUUCAAGGACUAAGCGGAGAUUUUCAUCUGGUCAAGGGACAAUUAGAAGCAUCAGCCUUUGAAAUAUUCAAUAUUAUAGGGAAAAUAGAGAGGAUUAUUGGAUAUUGGACUCCAAAGAAAGGACUUUCACGAGAACUGAAUGACACUCAUCAUGGUGAAGUAAAAUACCCAAUAUCAAAGGACAAACUCAAGCAACCAAUCUGGCCAGGAGACACAACAGAUCAGCCAAAAAAGUUGAGGAUCGGGGUUCCAAUAAGAGAAGGUUUCAAUCAAUUUGUAAGAGUGGAAUGGCAUCCUCAUACUGGUAAGCCGACGAUAUCUGGGUUUUCGAUUGAAUUGUUUCUUGCUGUGAUGGAUCUGUUAAAGUUUUGCCCUGGUCAUGAGUUUGUGCCGUAUGUGAAUGAAAAAGGGCAGACUGCUGGGACUUCCGAUGAACUUCUUUACCAACUCAAACUCAAGAAGUUCGAUGCCGUGGUUGGAGACGUAACAAUUGUCGCUAAUCGCUCGCAUUAUGUGGAUUUUACGUUACCAUACUCAGAAUCAGGCGUAUCAAUGGCGGUUUUGAUGAAAGAUAAUGAGAAGAGAAAUAUAUGGAUUUUUCUAAAGCCACUAACUUGGGAUCUUUGGUUAAUAAUCGGGGCUGUCUCCAUUUUCACGGGUUUGGUGAUAUGGGUUCUUGAACACCGUGAAAAUCCUGAGUUUAGUGGUUCCCCGAAUCAACAGAUUUGCAUGAUUUUUUGGUUCUCCUUCUCCACGCUCAUCUACGGUCACAGUAAAUUCUCUUUUUCCACUACAAAUUCUUUUCGAAAUAAAUGA